GAGUGAAAAGUGCAAUGUAACGAAAAUGAUGUAUGUAACAACUUGAGCGAAGCAGCUUCAACGAACUUUGCUCCUUUUCUUUUCCUUUCAAAAGGUUGUAGAUAGAUAUCAAUUCAUUUGAUUCAAUGGGAGUCUUUGAGAUCUUCAACAUUUCAGAUUGGUGUCAUAGUAAUCAGCAUUGUUUGGAAUUAACCAAAAAUUACAUGAGCAGUGGGAGGGAAACAGCUUCUUAUGCCUUAGGUGUUGUAAGUGUUAUUAUUUGGGUUGGUGCUGAGAUACCUCAAGUUAUCACUAACUACAGAGCUAAAUCUACUGAUGGUCUCUCUGCCACUUUCUUGAUCACAUGGAUUAUUGGAGAUCUAUUCAACCUAUUUGGGUGCAUGCUGGAACCUGCAACUCUUCCAACUCAAUUAUAUAUGGCACUGCUGUAUACCAUUAUAACUGUUGCACUUGGUUCACAAUCCAUUUACUAUAAAUGCAUAUAUCCCCGAUCAAAAUACAAGAGACAGCUCAAGGUUGAGACACCAACAAAAGCUGAACAAGUAGAAAAAGUCAGUAAUGAAUUUUAUGAACAGAGGCAUGAUGAUUUUGGUAGAGGCACUGGUCGGAGUUCUCCUAUUCCUCUUCCAAAUAUAUCUACUGGAAGCGAAUUAUUUUACCAGUCAGCAAGAUCUCUGAACAAGAGUCAUACACCAACAGCAGGAUCUGUCUUAGCCCAAAGAGAACUAUCUAAUUCUCCUUGUUUAGAUUCUAUAAAAGAGAAUUUGCUUGGUUCAGCUGUUGCCACACAAUCUGCCCCAACUUUGAAGAUCAAGUCUACUCUAUGUGUGGUGUCCACAUUAACUUUUCUUGGUGUUUUCAAUCUGCAAAAAUCACUUGAUAAAAGAAUUAACCCCAUAGUCUCAAACCCAAGACAACAAUUUGUGGUUUAUGUUGGACGGAAGCUUUUUCAGAUUAGCGGGGAUCAGUUGCUGGAAAAUGGUGCAGGAGGAACCAGUAGCAUUGGAAGCUUCCUUGGUUGGACAAUGGCAUUUAUAUAUAUGGGUGGAAGACUGCCUCAAAUUUGUUUAAAUAUCAGAAGGGGACAUGCUGAGGGCCUCAAUCCUUUGAUGUUUCUCUUUGCUUUAAUUGGGAAUGGCACUUAUGUUUUAAGUAUACUUGUGCGCAGCAUGGAUUGGUCAAUAAUCAAACCAAAUCUACCAUGGCUGGUAGAUGCAGGAGGAUGUGUCCUUCUUGAUGCCUUUAUUUUAAUGCAGUUUUUAUAUUUUCGCUGCCGGAACUCCAAGCCUGUAGAUAAAUAUAAACAUCAGACUGUUUCUUAUUGAGGAAGAAACAAGGAUAUUCAG